CCCCCCUCACCCGCCGCCGCCUCCUCCUCCACCACCCUUCGCCCAAGAUGAGGGAGAUCCUUCACAUCCAGGGCGGCCAGUGCGGCAACCAGAUCGGUGCCAAGUUCUGGGAGGUCGUCUGCGCCGAGCACGGCAUCGACGCCACCGGCCGUUACGGCGGCGACUCCGACCUCCAGCUCGAGCGCGUCAACGUCUACUACAACGAGGCCUCAUGCGGCCGCUUCGUGCCCCGCGCCGUCCUCAUGGACCUCGAGCCCGGCACCAUGGACUCCGUCCGCUCCGGCCCCUACGGCCACAUCUUCCGCCCCGACAACUUCGUCUUCGGCCAGUCCGGCGCCGGCAACAACUGGGCCAAGGGCCACUACACCGAGGGCGCUGAGCUCAUCGACGCCGUCCUCGACGUCGUGCGCAAGGAGGCCGAAAACUGCGACUGCCUCCAGGGAUUCCAGGUCUGCCACUCGCUUGGUGGCGGCACCGGCUCCGGGAUGGGCACGCUCCUCAUCUCCAAGAUCCGCGAGGAGUACCCGGACAGGAUGAUGCUCACCUUCUCCGUCUUCCCCUCGCCCAAGGUCUCGGACACCGUCGUCGAGCCAUACAACGCCACCCUCUCCGUGCACCAGCUCGUCGAGAACGCCGACGAGUGCAUGGUGCUCGACAACGAGGCGCUCUACGACAUCUGCUUCCGCACGCUCAAGCUCACCACACCAAGCUUCGGCGACCUUAACCACCUCAUCUCUGCCACCAUGAGCGGCGUCACCUGCUGCCUCCGCUUCCCCGGGCAGCUCAACUCCGACCUCCGCAAGCUCGCCGUGAACCUCAUCCCCUUCCCGCGCCUCCACUUCUUCAUGGUCGGCUUCGCGCCGCUCACCUCCCGCGGGUCGCAGCAGUACCGCGCCCUGACGGUCCCCGAGCUCACCCAGCAGAUGUGGGACGCCAAGAACAUGAUGUGCGCUGCAGAUCCACGGCACGGCCGCUACCUGACGGCCUCCGCCAUGUUCCGCGGCAAGAUGAGCACCAAGGAGGUGGACGAGCAGAUGCUCAACGUGCAGAACAAGAACUCGUCCUACUUCGUGGAGUGGAUCCCGAACAACGUCAAGUCCACCGUCUGCGACAUCCCGCCCACGGGCCUCAAGAUGGCCUCCACCUUCAUCGGCAACUCCACCUCCAUCCAGGAGAUGUUCCGCCGCGUGAGCGAGCAGUUCACGGCCAUGUUCCGCAGGAAGGCCUUCUUGCACUGGUACACCGGUGAGGGCAUGGACGAGAUGGAGUUCACCGAGGCUGAGAGCAACAUGAAUGAUCUGGUGUCGGAGUACCAGCAGUACCAGGACGCGACUGCGGAUGAGGAGGAGGGCGAGUACGAGGAUGACGAGGAAGCUGAGCUCCAGGACUAGUGCAAAAUCGACUCUUCCCUAGGUUGAAAUUUCAAUGGAGUACUACCAAGUGUUGUUUAGGUUAAUACCCAAGUGGGGUACUAUGUUUAAUUAAUUUCACUCACUGUCAUGUCAUGUCAAGUCAUGUGUCUGACUACUAGUAGUAGCAGUAGUGGUAUUCUGUUAAUACCAUCUUGUUUCCAAUUGCAGAUGGUCUGUCUGUUUACUGGUUGGUAUCUGUUCAUUUCCUUGUCGAUUUGAUUGUAUUAUGUAUGCUGCUACACAUGUUCUAGUGCAGAGCUGUUCUUUUCCUUGUC